AUGGUCAACUUCUUUACCUUCGCUUUUGUUGCAAGUGCUUUAUCCAUCGCUGCCGUGGAAAGCAAGAAUUCAGUUAUCAGCGAAGACAGCCUUCUUGAACCCCAGGUCGAACCUAUCUUUGCUUCACUUGAGGCCGUCACUAGCCCACUUCUCGAAAAGAGAGGAUCGAGCCCGGCGCUCGAAAAGCGGCUUCUAGGCAACCUGCUUGAGCUUCCCACCUCGAUCAUUUCGGAGGUGCUCCCCGUGGCAACGCGAACCAUGCCCCAACCGCCCCAUGAACGCUCUUCAGGACGGUUUUCUUUCAAGCAAAUCAGAGUGCAUGCUUACCUAUCAGACACGCUCAAUGCAAUCUUGCCUCACACCAACGCCAUUCGAAGUCUCUGCACCGGUGAUGUCAACCCUGAUGCCGAUCAACUUAGUUGGGACUUGGUCAAUGAGCUCCGAGUCAUUUUGGAUAUUCUCAAUGGCUGCUUGUACAAAGUGAAAGACUGUGGAAAGGCACCUACCCCAAGUGGUAUUCCGGGUGGAAGGCCUAUCACUCUGGAUGACAUUUGCCAGCUAUUCUUCAAAAUAAUGUGCGAAAUCAGGGAGUGCUGCAAGCUAAUUGGCUCGUUGUGCAUCAAGUACAAAACCGUUCGCCGGGUUUGCCAAAAUACUUUGAGACAAAUUACCAGCUGCUUGUCUAGCAUUGCUGUCAGAUGUGGUGUCGAAGUUGGCGACUUGUCACCUGGAUUAGGAGGUCUCUUCGCUGGUAUUCCUAACUUCUUUACUGGCGUUCAGUUUGGCUUCAGCGCAUUUCCCAAGAUUCUAGGAAAUAGCAAUGGCUACUUUUCUUUCAACGCGUCCAUUUAG